UGUCGAGGAGACAGCGCAUCACCUUUCCAUCGCAUUUGGAUCGUCUUCAUCGCAUUUCAUUCACAUCACCAUCCUCACUGUGGUGAGCAGUGCUUCAGCAACCUUUUUCUCACACAGCUCCGCUCAAGCCAAGGAAAGUGUGCGCGAGAAAUAGGUCAGGGAGAGACUGCGCCUUUUUCUUCAUUCGCAUCCCUCAAGUCUCGUGAAGGAAUCACGCGUUUUAGCUCGCAAGGCAGCGCUGGAAGGAAGCAAACAGAGAAGGAAGAAAAGAAAGAAAUACAGUAAUACCUGUGUGGACCUGGAUCAGGCGACAGUGCCGCUGUCCGGCAUAUUGCUUCGUGUAUUACUUUAGCCUCCUGAUCCCGUAGAAAGAGAGUUCCCUUCUUGUUUGCGGACGCGCGACUGGCUUUGACAGAGCAAUUUUAUACCCCUGCAACGCGUCGUAGACUAUUUUCAAGUGACACAAUCUACAUCCAUCAUGGCUGACGAACCCCGACGAUCCGGUCGCUCGACGAAGGGCCAGCACAAGAAUCUCGAUAUGAUAACUGAACCACCGAAGAAACCGAGAGCUAAAGCUCUACCCAAAGAGAAGCCUUCCAAACCCUCUGCCGAGCCUACACCCGCUCCUAGUGAAGAAGAUGAGAUUAUCCGGUGCAUAUGCGGAGAAUACGAAGAGGAAGAAGAUGUCGAACGGGACAUGAUCUGCUGCGACAAAUGCUCGGCAUGGCAACACAACGACUGCAUGGGUCUGACGUUUGGAAAAGGCGAGGAACCCGACGAGUACUUUUGUGAGCUCUGCAAGCCUGAGAAUCACAAGGUACUUUUGGAGAAGAUGGCACGUGGUGAAAAGCCGUGGGAGGAGGCCGCAGAAAUAAGACGCCGGCAGGCUGAAGAGAAAAAGCCAGCACGACGCAGGAAGGGCAAGAGAGGUGGGAGGAGAGGCAGGCCCAGUGAAGCCAAAACAGGUGCAGCGACAGAGACUCCUCCAGCCAAUGCUGUGAGCUCGAUCUCCCCAUCACACUCGGUUCCACCUACCGCAACCCCAGUACUGGAAGAGAAAAAUGGCGUUGCGAAACGUAAAUUUGAUGAGCACCAAGAAACUGCAAAGACGGAAUCAGGUCCAAAACUGAAGCAGCAAAAGGUAUCGCCUCAGACGGACGUGACGCCGGUUGAAGAUGCAAAAGUGCCUUUGGUGAAGGCCGAUUCCAGUUCAUUGCCGUCUCGUCAAGGUUCUGUAGCAUCAGCGGAGAAACCGGUGACUGCGAUUGUUGGCACUCCUGAGGAGAUUUCGAAUCCAGCUCGGAAAAGAGCUGCUACUGCCCUAAUCAAGCUAUUUGUAGAUCUGGUCGCUGAGGCCCGGAAGCAAGGAUCUUUCUCCUUGCCAGAUGGACAAUCAGCAGAGGAUGUGGCCCGGCAUGUUGGUCUCUCCAUUGAGAAUGCUAUGUAUCAGAAUCUAUGUGGAGCCUCUGGAGAACCAACAGAACCAUAUAAGCUACAACUGCGGACGAUUUUAUUCAACGUAAAGAGGAAUCGUUCUCUGCGGGAUCGACUGCUCGUAGGUAGUUUGUCCGCUGAUGUCUUAUCUAAGAUGAAUUCGCAGGACAUGGCGAGCGAGGAACUGCAGCAGAAGGAUGCCGAAAUCAAACGAGAGGCGGAAAGACAACACAUCAUUGUGCAGGAGCAAGGGCCACGAAUAAGACGAACUCAUAAGGGAGAAGAGCUGGUGGAAGACGAAAGCUAUAAUGCCGCAACCGAAUCCAUCUUCUCGACGGCACCGACACGCCGCAGCAUCGUUGAUGCAGAUGGCACUCCUCCAGGCCGGAGUCCUAGCAGUCCAAAUGUCCAGCAUCAGCCUGAAUUGGCCAACGCACGGCAGGCUACGAGACCACCUCCAAUUGAUACGAAAGCUGGGGACUUCAACUCCCAUGAUAAUCUUUUUCAGCCCAGCGUACACUCACCCGGUGCAUCCAACCAUGAUAGCCUCUUUCCAGAGGUUGCCACGCAUAUUCGAGAACCGCUUCCGAGUGGAAGGGUUCAAGCAGAUGCAGAGAUCGACCAUCUUCUGCGAGAUGAGGAGGAGCCAGACUCUCCUCCGUAUUCGCCCAAGGACUACAAUGAGGAAGGGACCAUUUGGCGUGGGAGAAUUGCGUUGAGCCCCAUUUCAGAAUUUUCUUCUUCUGCAAAGCACGUGGGGGGUGCGGAUUUGAGCGCAAAGAUACCCUGGAGUCAGCUUAUGCCUCCGGUAUUGCAGGUUGAUGGACGAAUCGACAUCCAGCUUGCUAGCAACUACCUCUGUGGGCUGCGCUUCAGCGGCUCAACCGAUGUCUCCGUGACCUCCGUUAGACGUCCAGAGUUUCCUGUGGAGCGAGCUGGGUUUGAUAAGCUCUUCAGCUACUUCUGGGAGCGCAAGAGAUACGGCGUGAUUGGGAAGCAUUCUCUGCCCGCUGUCAAGGAUACAUAUGUUAUUCCUCUCGAGGCCGGAUCAACUAAACCGGAGUUCAUUGAGCUCUUGGAUAAUACCACCCUUGAAGAUCCAACGCCGGAGCGCAUCCUUCUGGUCGUCUUUGUCGUGAGAACCGGCGAGUCUGCCCCUUCUUCAGAGCAACCUCCAUCACUGCGUCCAAGCCAGGAACCCGGCACAGCUGGAAGUCCUGUAACCAUUCCCGCAGGUACUCCCCAGCACCGUCACCCCUUAACACCCAGUGCUCCGCUAUCAACACACAUAUCACCUACGCCGCCCACUGCAUAUGCUGCCUCCCCUGUAAAUGGCCCUUACGGCAAUCCUGGUCUUCAAUCUGAGACACAGCAGCAACACCCGUCCUUCCCGCCUCACGCUGCUCCUCAAUAUCAACAGCACCCCGCCUCGCAAGCACAGCAGGCACCCCAGGGUCUAUCGUUGGCCUUGCAAAUCAUAGGUCCCCAGGCCCAUUCACCUGUCGUCAGACAGGUCAUACAACAGGCGCCAAAUGCGGAUGCUUCCCAAUUGAGUGUUCUGCCUCUCAAGAGGGAUUCAUCUAAUUAG